GCCAUUUUCAAAUGGCUUUACCGCCGGUAGCGGAAAGCAGGGGAAGGGGAAACGCCAUCCGCCGGCAAGCAACUGCCAGCUUUUUAAAUCCCACAUAUAUGCGACAGCUGAAGUGAGGAAUAUAUACAGGAUAUCCAAGGGAAAUAUCAGUUAAAGACACACACACAAACAAUCUGAGGCCUGUUUGCGCCCGUGCGGAACAGAGAACAUGCUAGCUGUGCUUUUCCGCUAGCGGGCUAACGCUAGCAGGCUUAAGUGCUCAGAUUUCCUCGUGUGUUUUUAGAAAAGUUUUGCCAAGAUGAGCACGACCGCCGAAAGAAAGUUUAUCAACCUCCGGAAAAGGCUGGACCAGCUGGGCUACAGACAGCCGCUUGGGAUCGAGUCCCUGCCGCUGGUGGAGAAGCUCUUCAGUGACCUGGUGCACACCACUGAGAGUCUGCGCAGUGCCAAGCUGUCGGCGGGGAAGACGGAGAAGGAGAGCAAGAAUGUGGACGCCCAGCUGGAGCCCUACAGGGUGGAGAACGCCCGCCUGGUCAGGGAAAACAACGAGCUGCACCUGGGCCUGCUGAAGCUGAGGGAGGAGAAGGAGAAGCUGAGCCGAGAGCUGAGAGGCUACAACAGGAAGCUGGAGCAGGAGAUGUCCGACCUGAAGUUCCUGAACAAUCAGUAUGUCCAUAAGGUUCAGUCCCUUGAGAAGGACUGCAAAGCCAAGAUGGAGCGCAUCCAGCACCUGCAGGAGAAGAACCUGCAGGCUGUGGUGCAGACGCCAGGAGGGAAGAAGUGCUCCAUUCCUUUCAGACGACAGCGGAUGCAGAUUGAUGACCUCAUCCCCCCCUCCAGUGGCCCAUCCCUGCCUGUGGCACAGCCUGAUGACCCGUACAUCGCUGACCUUCUGCAGGUGGCUGACGACAGAAUCCAGGAGUUGCAGCAGGACGUCACCAGACUCAAAGUGGAGCUGGACAGAGCCCAGGCAGGAAUUCAGUACCUGAACACGCAGGUAGAGGAGCGAGAUGGAGAGAUUGAGCGUCUGAAUGGCGCUCUCUCUGGCGGCCGGCCUCAUGAUGUCAUCUCUCUGGAAGCUCAGAACAUCAGCAACGAGAAGCUCAUCUCCCACCUGAACCUGCAGGUAGAGUACCUGCAGGAGACCAACAGAGAGCUGGAGCAGAAGCUGCAGGAGCAGCAGCAGAGCCGCAGUGACCUGGCGGACAUGAACUCCAGGAACCAGGAGCUGUGCCAGGAGCUGAGCCACAUCGAACAGCUGGCACAACAGCUGGAGCGGGACAGAGAGCUGCUGCUGGACACGGCCGACAAGGAACUGCUGGAGGCCAAGAAUGAAAUUCAGCGGCAGCACAGAGAAAAGGAGGAAUUUGAAGAUGUCGUCUCUAAACUGAGAAGGGAUCUGGAAGAGAGUGAGUAUCAGAAGGAGGAGCUGAGGGUCCAGCUGACCACGGUCAAAGCUCAGGAGGAAGCGCUGAGGGAGGAGCUUGCAGGGCUCAGAGGUCAGGAGGAGAGGACACAGGAUGUGGUGAACUUCCUGGAGGACAAGAAGAGGCAACUUCAGGAGAAAGUGGAGAGACUGACAGGCACUGAGAAGGAGCUGGUGCUGGAGCUGGAGAGGAUGCGGGCUCGGUACGGUGUGUGUGGAGCAGACAGGUCUCCUUCUCGCCUGGACGCCUUCAUCCGCACGCUGGAGGAGGAGCGGGAUUUCUACAGACAGGAGGCAGAGCGUCUGUGGAGCCCUGCCCACAGCCCUACAAGGGGGAGGAGUCUGACAAGGGGGCAUAGUCCCAGACAAAGCCGGCAGGGAAGGAUGCGUGGCUGUGAGGCAGAGCUGCACCGUGCUCUGAGGGAGAGGGAUGAGCUGCAGGCCGUCUUACUGGGCUUCGAGAGGCACAUGGAGGACAUUCAGAGCAAAGUGAAGGAGCUGACGGCUGAGAGAGACACACUCAGCGCCCUGCACCAGCGGGCGCAGGAGGAACUGCUGCAGGUGCACAGUGGGGUGGAGUUACUGCCGGGAGUUCAGCAGCAGUUGGGGGAGGAGAGGAAGAGGGCGGAGUCGGACCUGCGCAGGAUGACAGCAGAGAGAGAUGCACUGCUCAGUCAGCUGAAGGUCAUUCAGAGCUCAGCUCAGUCUGACAGGGAGGAGGACGAGAGGAAGAUCCUCGACCUGGAGACCUUCAUUCAGACACUGCAGAGGGAGAGGGUGGAGCUGGAGGCCCAGGUGUCAGCCCUGAAGGAGAGCCAGGUCACCGUGGAGACGGAGAUGAAGGCCCAGUCAGCCACCCUGAUCCAGACCAAAGAGGAGGCAACACAGCAGCGAGCAGAGACAAGCGCACUGCGGCUGCUGCAGGAGCAGGUAGAGCAGUCUCUCUCUGACUGUCAGCACCGUCUCUCAGUGAAGACCGAUGAGCUCCACGCUGCACAUGCGCAGAUUCAGAAGCUGGAGGAGCAAAUCGGGGAGCUGAGCCGCAGGGAGCAGGUGACCGCGCUGCAGAAGACUCUCACUUUUCUGGACCGAGAGAAAGACGCUUUACAGGACGCAGUUGACCAGAAGACUGAGAGAAUCGUGGUCCUGCAGGACGAGCUAGCCAGCAAGGAGAAGACCCUGGCAGCUGUCAGACAAACCGUCACUGACAUGGAUAAUUCUCUGCAACACCUGCAGGGGGCGCUGAACAGCCGCGAGCGGGAGGUGGCCAGUCUGCGCAGGCAGCUAGACUCCGUGCAGGAGGAGCUGGCUGACGUGGGCCGGGACCGAGAGAUCGCUCUGAGGGAGAACCGCAGGCUGCAGGAUGACCUUGCCACCAUGACCCGAGAGAACCAGGCUGUGCACGCAGAGAUGGAGGAGGUGCUGCAUGAGAAGGAUGAUCUGAAGCUCAGGGUUCAGUCCUACAUCUCUGAGGUGGCCAGAAUUGAGAGUCUGAUGGCAGCCAAGGAGCAGGAGAACCGGGAUGUUCUGGAGCGGUUCCGUGCGGCACACUCGCGGGCAGAGGACUGGGAGCUGAAGCUGCAGCAGGCCGAGGGCCUCAAUAGCUCCAUCCGGCUGGAGCUGCUGGCGGCCGACACCGAGCGCAGACACCUGCGGGAGAGAGUCAGCAACCUGGAGCGCGAGAUACAGGAGCAUAUGAGCGCACAGCAGGCAUACGAGGCGCAGGGCUCCUCUCUGGUGCGGAGUCUGUCCAGGCUGGAGGAGGAGGUGCAGCUGGCCCACGCUGAGAGAGCCUCCGCCCUCGCCGACCUCACCUCCCUCAGGGAGCUCUGCGUCAAACUGGACUCCGGCAAGGAAAUGACCUCCCGCCAGCUCACCUCCAAGAGCAUGGAGCUGGAGAGGGUUCUGGGGGAGCUGGAGGAUGUGAAGUCGGAGGCAGAGCUCGUGAAGAAACAGCUGUCCAAUGAGAGGCUGACGGUUAGGAACCUGGAGACGCUGCUGUCCAGCAACCGGCAGAAGGAGUUCCAGACGCACCUGAGCACCAGCGAGAAGGAGUCUGAGCUGAAGGUGUUGCGGGAUCGGCUGGCCCUCGCCGACAGCAAGGCAGCGACUCAGACAAGGGAGGUCUCUCAGCUCCGAGGGAAGGUCUCUCAGCUGCAGACAGAGCUGGAUGUGCUGAAGAGACAGCUGACUGCUGAGCGUUUCGAAAGGGAGCGGGCGGUGCAGGAGAUGCGCAGACAGGGUGUGUCCUUCUCCUCCCUCAGAAGCUCCUCCCCCCUCAGCUCCUCCCUCAGCCCCUGCCCACAUUCCCCCGAACGCUCAAUCCUGCGCACCCCGGAGCACUCCACAGACAAGUCCCCUGAGAAAAGUGUGAGCUUUAAGGAAUAGAGGAGCCAGGAAACCCUGCGUCUCAGAGCUCAGUGUGAACAGCCAUCAGUGCUUCUGCUGUCACUGAGAGAGUGAGCGUGUGGACCAGCCCAGCUACCCAGCGGUGUGUGUGUGUGUAUGCGUGUCUGUGCGCGUGUGUCUGCCUGUGCGUCUGUGUACGUGUGUGUGCUUUCAGUAAAAUCAUGCUGCCACACUUCCAGUCAGCAAAAAAAUUAAGGCGGAUUUCCU